UGUGUGUGUGUGUGUGUGUGUGUGUCAGUAGAGAUAAGGACUCCACGGUUCAUUCCUAUAGUAUUUAAGAGGAUGCUGGAGUCGCCUGUAUUAUCGACGAAAACAUCGUAAUUUUCGGAAGUGUUGCCAUUUUUUAUUGCUUAUAUAGAAUUAAAAAUUCUUCUUCAGAAUUUAAGUACACGCAAACGGACACGUGAAAACUCUAUAUAGUACGAGAUUUUAUAUUAAGAAAGAAAAUAAGUAUAAAAUUACAUUUUUAGUUAUCGAUAUGUUAAAGCAACAUGGCAUCAGAGCUGUCAGUUUGUACAAAUAUUAGCUUCUUAUAAAAGUUUUAUAGCUUUUAUGCAUAAAACAGUAGUUUUCACGAUUGUGUACUACACCGUAGAAGAUUGUCGAAUUAUAAAAACUGAAUUUAAUUGCCUAAUUAAUAAAGGGUAUUCUUCCGAAAAUUUCAGUCCGUAUGUACCUGAAAUAUCGGUAAAGUAGAGUGCAAAAAGUAAUGCUUCUUCUUUAUAAAUAACGUGAUAGAGAGAGAUACGGGAUGAGGAUUAGAUGAGAGCGCUGUAAUUGUGUAGAAGUUCGCGGUUCAGUACAGGAUUCCCUUAAUGAUUCGGAACUCUCUCUGCUGUGUGUGUGUGUGUGUGUGUAUGUGCAUGUGUGUGAGCGCGCUAUUAAUUUAAAAUGAGGUAUUACUGCCCUUUUGAUUAAUUACCUCAUUUAGUCUAUCCCUCAUAUUAAUGCAUCUGCUCCCAGCAAAAACAAAGAUAUAACAUAUAUCUAGAGUUAUAACAUUAUACGAGGUGUGUUCAAAAAAAAGGUGACUUUUCAAAUUUCGCGGGCUACGUACAUUCGAUUUUGAAAUUUUUUUUUGUUAUGUUGGUACACAUGUCCCCAACAUAUGUUGACAUUAUCAGCUGUUUUGCAUGUUUGGUUUGUUUUUCACAGAUAUAAGGGUUAGACGUGUUUUGGUGUGCUUGGCGAUUUUUUGCUAUCGAAAAAAAUGGAUCAAAGAAUCUGUAUUAAAUUUUGAAAAAUAAAAUUAAGUGCUCUGACGUACUUGAAAUGUUGACUGCGGCAUUUGGCGAGUUUACUCUGAGCAAAAAAAAUGUUUACAAGUGGUACAAGCUCUUCACAGAAAGUCGAGAAGAUGUUAAUGACGAUGCCCGCCCUGGACGCCCCAGCACGUCAACAACCGAUGACAACGUCGAAGCAGUGAAGAAAAUUGUUAUGGAGAAUCGUCGAAUCACUAUUAGAGAAGUUGCUGAGGAUGUCGGCAUAUUGGUUGGCUCAUGCCAUGCAAUUUUUUUGGGUGUUUUGGGCAUGCAACGUGUGGCGGCGAAGUUUGUUCCGAAAUUGCUGAAUUUCGACCAAAAACAACGUCGCGUAGACAUUGCUCAGGAGCUGUUGAAUGCCGUCAACGACGAUCCAGAUUUGCUCAAAAGGGUCAUAACUGGUGACGAAUCAUGGGUAUAUGGCUAUGACGUCGAAAUCAAAGCCUAAUCAUCCCAAUGGAAGCGGCCAGAAGAGCCAAGACCGAAAAAAGCUCGUCAAGUUAGGUCAAAUGUGAAGGUUUUGCUCACUGUUUUCUUCGAUUACAAUAGCGUGGUGCAUCGAGUUCUUGCCAUGCGGUCGUACGCGGUCAAUAAGAAAUAUUACCUUGAAGUUAUGCGCCGUUUACGUGAAGCAAUACGAAAAAAACGCCCGGAAUUGUGGAAGAACCAGUCAUGGAUAUUGCACCAUGAUAAUGCGCCAGCUCACACGUCGUUGCUUGUUCGUGAUUUUUUGGCCAAAGUCAACACCGUACAUGCCUCAGCCACCGUAUUCACCGAACUUGGCCCCCUGCGACUUUUUCUUGUUCCCAAAACUGAAAAGAUCCAUGAAAGGACGGAGAUUUGCCACGAUUGAGGAGAUAAAGACUGCAUCGCUGGAAGAGCUCGAGACCAUACCAAAAAGCGCAUAUCAAAAGUACUUCGAGGAUUGGAAAAAGCGCUGGCACAAGUGUAUAAUAUCUGUGUCAUAAGUCAUAUCUGUGUAUCAAGUGUAUAAUAUCUGAGGGGGAUUACUUUGAAGGGGACAAAAUAGAUAUUGAUGAAUAAAUAAAUAUUUUUCGAGAAAAAUAAAGUCACCUUUUUUUUUGAACACACCUCGUAUAUCACAAGUAAUAUAGUUACAUAAUAAAUAAAAUACAUAUAUGUUACACUGCUAAAUGUCAGCAACAAAAAUACUUCUCUGAUAUAUCAGAGAUAUAUAUCACUGAGCUUUAAAUAUUAUAUUUAUGUUAUAUAAUCAUACUAUAUUACCAUACCUAUAUUACAUAACAAAUAUAUUUCAGUUACGGAACAUUAGGUAACAUAUACAUUUCAAAUGCAAACAAUGUAAAUGUGUUACAUAUAUUUUACUCAUAUGUAAGGCGCACAAUAGAGAAAAUA